AUGCAUGUAAACAUAUUGUUUUGUAGGGUGGUUGAACUAGUAGAAGAGUUGCACCGACUUCACACGGACUGUCUAGAAACCGACAGACCACCGUCCACAGUCCCAUCAAGUGUUGUUGUUAUAGGAAGCGACGAUGAAGAGAAGGUUUUAACUAAUAGGACGAUCGAGGAAUUGCAUGGGAAGCAGCUUUCACUCGAACGCGAUUGCGAUGACGAAGAAGAGGCGCAGUUUCUUCUGGGUAGAUCUGGUCGCGAAGACGAAUGGUCGGAUGACGGUAUCGCAAUGACAGUAGACUCGGCCACGCUAUCCCCUCCUAGUGAUGCUCAAAACAUUAUUAUUGCAAAUUUGACACUUCAGUUAAUACAAGGUCAAAAUGUACUAAUCACUGGUAAUAGUGGAACUGGGAAAACUUCAUUAUUAAGGAUGUUUGCCGGCCUUUGGAACAACACAACUGGCAAAGUGGAUCGUCACUGGCGUGGACAUAUACGUAGCUUGUUAUUUAUACCACAAAAACCCUAUUUUCCAUCUGGAGGAGUGACGUUGCGACAACAGCUCGUAUAUCCCAUAAAGGCGCUUCCUGUUGAAAAAGAUCUCGCGAGUUUAACUCAAAUUUUGGAAUGGGUGAAAAUGGAGCAUCUACUGGAAAAGUGUCAAGGUUUCGACUGCCCCGUUGAUUGGGAUUGGAAUGAGACAUUGUCGCCAGGCGAGCUGCAACGCCUCUCACUUGCACGUGUCUUUUACACUAAGCCGCGUAUCGUCUUUCUAGACGAAUGUACCAGUGCGAUCGGUUUUGAGAUGGAAAUGCAGCUGUAUAGGAAAUUAAACGAGGAAAAUAUUACCUAUGUAUCGGUGGGCCAUCGGUUCUCGCUUAAACAGUUCCACGAUGUAGAGUUACGCUUACUCGGAAGAGGCGAAUGGUCGAUGUCCGAUAUUGACACCGCAUCGGUGCCCAGUCGUGCUGCCAGUCUUCGUGGGAAUGAUGCUGUAAUUUCCGUGCUGUGA